CACGACGAAGUUGCCCGCUUCUAUGGCGGGCAGGUUCAAAUUACGAGGCCAUUUCAAUUCAAUUCAAUUCGUUCAUUCAUUCAUUCAUUCACUAUCACAUGCUCUCUUCCUUCUCAUCCACGCCUGCAAUUCCCCCACUCAUCUCCAUCUCCUUGUACGUCCGCCAUUGAAGCCUGGUGAGUGAGCUUCGUCUCGAGCUCCUCUCCAUGUUCUAGGAGGCCAUUUAUUUAACUGGAGGUUGCAGAGUGAGGGGGGAAUGGGCCAGGGACUGAGCUGCGCAGACCGGCAUGGAACUGGAGUCUUCUUCAGAGCUCUGCAGAACGGAGAUGUGGAAGUUGUUCGAGCCUUGAUGGAGAUUGAUUCCUCCAUCUUACACCAAACAACCAAACAUCAAGGACUAUCUGCUCUACAUGUAGCGGCUGCCAAUGGACAGACCGAUAUUCUUUCGAUGCUCUUGGACUGGAAUGUGAAUCCGGAUGUUCUGAAUCGGCAUAAUCAGACUCCUCUGAUGCUGGCUGCGAUGAGCGGGAAGAUAGCUUGUGUUCAGAGGCUGAUCGAAGCAGGAGCUAAUAUAUUGAUGUUUGAUUCUACACAUCGAAGAACCUGCUUGCAUUAUGCAGCUUACUAUGGGCAUUCUGAUUGCCUGCAAGCGAUUCUCUCUGCUGCGCAUACCACCCCUGUAUCCGACUCUUGGGGGUUUGCAAGAUUUGUGAACAUUAGGGAUGGGGAUGGCUCAACUCCGUUGCAUUUAUCCGCCAGGCAGAGCCAACCUGAGUGUGUCCGUAUCCUUCUUAGCAAUGGUGCUCUUGUCUGUGUUUCCACUUGCAGUUGUCCAGGUAGUUCGCCACUCCAUUUAGCUGCUCGUGGUGGCUCCUUGGAAUGUGUUCGAGAAUUGCUUGCUUGGGGAGCUGAUAGAUUUCAGUUCGACUCAUAUGGGAGGAUACCGUUUACGGUUGCUUUAAAGCAUAAGCAUCAAGCUUGUGCAGCUUUGUUGAACCCUUCAUCACCAGAACCUCUCGUCUGGCCUUCACCUUUGAAGUUAAUCAUUGAGCUACAUCCAGAUGCAAAAGUUUUGCUAGAAAAGGCCUUGAUGGAUGCAAACAUGGAGAGAGAGAAGGCCAUAUUUAAGGAAACAUUCGUCACACCUCCUUGUCCUUUCCAAUCUGAUUUGGACAUUGAUUCUGAUUUAGACAAUGAUUUAGCAUCUGAGGCUAGCGAUACAGAGUUGUGCAGCAUAUGCUUUGAACAGAUGUGCAAUAUUGAGGCUCAACCAUGUGGCCAUAGAAUGUGCGCCCAUUGCACAUUAUCUUUAUGCUGCCAUAAGAAGCCUAAUCCAACUACAGCUUGUCCAACAGCCCCUGUUUGCCCCUUUUGCAGAGGCAGCAUCACCCAGCUUCUCGUUGCUGAGGUGAAGAGUCAUGACAAGGUAGACCAAGAGAUUUCCCCCUUGAAGCUGAAGGGGUUGACAACGUCAAAUUUCAAUGAAGAAAACAGCAGCUUGAAGAGCUUAUCUAUCCUAUUUGGGAAGUUGAGUGAACAAAAUUCAGGGACAUGUGUUAAGUCUUAAAAAAGGCCUUACCAGAUGGAUAAUCCAGCUGAUAUGGCAACCUCAGAUGUACUACCAUCUGGGUAUAUAAUUUUUACUUCGCCUAUAGAGCAUCUAUAUUUGGAUGUACUGAGGCUGGCCACAAAUCUAAAGUAUGCAAGGGCCGUGCUGUGCGAUGUGGGCAAACAUAUGAGAAGGUUCGUUUGCCCCGACUAUUAUUAUCAUUUUUUCCCCUUUAUCAUUGUCAGUUAUUUACAACAGUUUCUCAAGCCGCUAAACUAGCAAAUAUAGCAAAUCUAUACGGUUAUUUGAA